AUGAAGUUUCUACGACAGGUAAUUCUCUCGUUGUCCUUAUUAUUACUUGUUGUUCCAUUGCUAGCUGUUGAAUCCUCUUCUUCGGAUAACAAUUUGAUCAACAACAUAACUAGGGGUUCAUCUCUUUCUUCGAACGAUACUAGCCCUUAUUGGCUUUCUCCUUCGUGUAACCUUGCUUUUGGUUUCUAUCUGUUACCGGAUUUUAAUGAUCGAUAUGUAGUUGGUAUAUGGUUUGUUAAAUCUCCAUUACAAACCCUAGUAUGGACAGCUAAUCCUAACGGUCAUCCAUUACAUAAAUCAUCUUCAAUUCACUUCACCAACGAAGGAAAGUUUAUGCUGCGGAUGAUGCCAGAAAACAACGACAAACUCUUGCUGCCCGAUGUACCAGAAGCAGCGUCGUACGCAAAGAUGCAUGAUGAUGGUAACUUUGUUUUAUAUGGUUCAGAAUCUCAAAUUAUUUGGGAAAGUUUCGAUUAUCCUACUGAUACCCUUCUUGGAGGUCAAAAGUUGAAAGCUGGAAUCGAUCUGUUUUCCAGUAAUCACAGGUUAUCAGUUAGACAGGAUGAUGGUUUAGUUGCUAUUCAUCCGGGCACUAAAAUAUCUUUACCGAAACAAGAAUCAACAACAAGAAAAAGGAUGUGGAUGUAUUUUGAAGAAGGAUGCUCAGAAUCAUAUAUAUAUAGAGCAACAUUGGAUUCAGAAGGGAUCUUUAAUCUGUACAAGGAAAGAAUUGAUGGAUCUACUGAUCAUAAUGGAGAAUCUGCUUCCAUUCUAGUACUACUAUGGAAAAAUAAUCAGGUGGAUCAUGCUGCAGUGAGACGAUUACGAGUAAUUGUUAUUAUCGUAGGUAUCAUUGAGCUACUUAUUUUCUUCCCAUUAAUAAUAAAAUGGAGAAACAAGGCUGAAAAGGAGAAAAGCAAAGGUGGUGAUUUAGAAUCAGGAAAAACAUAUUGA